AUGGGUGGGAAGCAAUCUCGCGGCUUCUCCAGCAAGGAGCUGAAUGAGGGGAGUGUUCGUCAACGAAGCAAAAGUUCUUCUAGAGACGGCCAGCCCAGCCUGUCCUCCGCUGCAGAGAGGUUCCGCAAACACACCACGGUUCACUUUGGCUACAACACCCUCAGCCUGGCCAUGCGGGCGCUUGUCGAGACCCCCUCUGAACUGUGGGAGCUCCGGGAAGUGCAGAAGCUAAACUUGUCCAUGAACUGCCUGAGCUCCCUGCCCCCUGCCCUGGGAGCUCUGGACAAUCUUGUGAUCCUCAACUUGUGGGGGAACAACCUUUCAAGUCUACCAGUGGAGAUCAGCCUCCUGAAGAAGCUGCGCGUGCUCUUCGCCUGUCGAAACCGCCUGAGCGAAGUCCCCGAAGAGCUGGGGCGCUGCACCCGCCUGGAGGUGCUCAGCCUGGCCAACAACCAGAUCACAGGCCUCCCCAACAGCCUGGGCGCCAUGCACAAUCUGACCAAACUCAACCUCAGCCACAACCGCAUCGUUCACAUCCCCACCUGCGUCUACAGCAUGAAGGGUCUGGUCUUUCUUCAACUGGCUUGCAACCGUCUGGAGACCAUCGCCGACCAGAUCCAGGACUUAGUUAAUCUGAAGAUCCUCAUCGUGGAGGGAAACAGUAUCCACUCACUGCCCAAGACGCUGUGCUUCCUGGAGUCUUUAGAACUCCUCAAUGUUGACUUCAACGACCUGCAAAAUGUGCCAGUGGAAUUGUACCUACUCAGCAGACUCGGGAGGUUGGCCUGCCACCCGAUGGAUAAAGGACUUCAUAUUAUCCACAACCCCCUCCUCAAGCCUAUCAAGGAGGUGCUGCAAGGAGGUCUCAGUGCCCUCUAUAACUACCUCAAGCCCACGUGA